AUGGAAAUAGGAAACAACACCAGAAUCUCAGAAUUUCUUCUUUUGGGAUUUUCAGAGGACUCAGAACUGCAGCCCCUCAUAUAUGGACUUUUCCUUUUUAUGUAUCUAAUCACCCUGCUUGGGAACCUGCUCAUCAUCCUGGCCAUAUUCUCCAACUCCCACCUGCACACACCCAUGUACCUUUUCCUCUCCAACCUGUCCUUUGCAGACAUCUGUUUCACCUCCACCACCGUGCCCAAGAUGCUGGUGAACAUUCAGACACAGAGCAAAGCCAUUACCUACACAGGUUGCAUUACCCAGAUAUAUUUUUUCCUGGUCUUUGCAGAGUUGGAAAAUUUCCUCCUGGCCAUGAUGGCCUAUGACAGAUUUGUAGCCAUCUGUCAUCCCCUGCACUACAUGGUCAUCAUGAACCCCUGGCUCUGUGGCUUGCUUAUUCUGGGGUCCUGGAUCAUGAGUGUUCUGCAUGCCUUGUUCCAAAGCUUCAUGGCUUUGCAGCUGUCUUUCUGUACUGACUUAGAAAUCCCUCACUUCUUCUGUGAACUCAAUCAAAUGGUCCAAAUUGCCUGUUCUGAAAAUUUUCUUGAUGACUUUGUGAUGUAUUUUGCACCUGUGCUAUUGGCUACUGGUUCACUCACUGGGAUCCUUUAUUCUUACUCUAAAAUAGUUUCCACCAUACAUGGAAUGUCAUCAGCUCAAGGGAGAAAUAAAGCCUUUUCCACCUGUGCAUCUCACCUCGCAGUUGUCUCUUUAUUUUAUGGCACAGGCCUAGGAGUUUACGUCAGUUCUGCCACCGCCCAUAGCUCACACUCAAGUGCAAUAGCUUCAGUGAUGUACACUGUGGUCACGCCCAUGUUGAACCCCUUCAUCUACAGUCUGAGGAAUAAAGAUGUAAAGAGAGUGCUGAUAAGACUCUUUGGAAUGAAACUAUAA